AUGGCGCUGCCUCGUCAAGCUGUGCUUCUCUGGACUGGCGCCAUUCUUCUUGCUGCUCCCUAUGUCCUGUACAUCAUCAUCCUUGGCCUGUUGACGUCUCCCCUUGUCCAGAAACACGCCCUGUAUGCACACAAAAUAAACAGCCUCCGCUGGGCCGACGUCAACCGGCCCGAGAGAUGGGGUUUUGCAAGCAACCAAGUCACGCCCUUUACCCUGGCCACGUCCGAUGGCGAAAGCGUCUACGCGUGGCACAUCACGCCAUUGCCUUUGUAUCUGAAGAAUGAAGCUAGGCUUACGAGCCAAGCACUGGGCCAUUCUCCUGACUUUGCAAAGACGGAAUCGUUUCGGCUGCUGAAGGGAGACCCGGAAGCCAGGCUGAUUCUCUACUCCGUCCGGCCAGACACCUACCACGCGCUGACCGACACUUCAUCCUAUCACCUGGUCGCGAUCGACUACCGCGGCUUUGGCCACUCGACGGGCGUUCCCAGCGAGGAUGGCCUGAUUCAAGACGCCUCGGCGCUCGUCGAAUGGGCAAUCAACGUGGCGGGUCUCCCGCCCAGUCGCAUCGUCCUGAUCGGGCACAGCCUCGGCACGGCUGUCGUGAGCGGCGUGGCGGAGAGGUACGCCGUCAAGGGAGUCGAGUUCGCCGGCAUCGUCCUGGUUGCCGGCUUCAGCGACCUGGCCUCCCUGCUAAGCGGAUACCGCAUCGGCGGGCUGAUGCCCCUGCUGGGACCAUUCGCUUCCUGGCCGGCCUUUGUGCGGCUGCUUGAUCGGUUUGUGGUGGAAAAGUGGCACUCGGCGGACCGGCUGGCCAACAUUGUUCGCCACACCAAAACGAGACUGCGCCUGAGUCUGGUCCAUGCCAAGAACGACGGGGAUAUACCGUGCACGGAAGACGACAAGCUCUUCCGGGCGGCGGCGAACGAGACGGUCGGCAUCGUGGAUGAUGACAAGUUUGCUGCAUGGAAAGAAGAGCGGACGGUGCACAAGGGCAAAGAUGCCUUUGUCACGACCUGGACUUCAGACCCGGAUAUCAUCGUGCGACAAGAGCUGUUUCCUUAUGGAGCUCAUGAUCCCAUUGUGGGCUACGCUCCGGUUACGCUGGCCGUCAUGAGGUCUUUUGACUACCAUGGGACCGCGUACGCUUGA